GGCCCGCGGCUCACCUGAGGCGGUGGCGGCGGUGGCCCCUCCUCUCCCCGCCGUGUCUUUAAAGCCCUCCUCCUUCUCCUCGCCCUCUCUUCAUCCCUCCAUCUCUGUCUCGCCUUUGCCGCUCGCAGCCGCCGGGCUCUGCCUCGCCCGCCUCCCCUCCCCACCCUCCCCAUCCCCGCCGCCAGCCAUGGCCGACAUGAAGACUGGCAUCUUCGCCAAGAACGUCCAGAAACGCCUCAACCGCGCUCAGGAGAAGGUACUUCAAAAACUAGGAAAAGCAGAUGAAACUAAAGAUGAACAAUUUGAAGAAUACGUUCAAAAUUUCAAACGGCAAGAGGCAGAGGGUUCCAGACUCCAGAGAGAACUGAGAGGAUAUUUAGCAGCCAUUAAAGGGAUGCAAGAUGCCUCAAAGAAGCUUACAGAGUCUCUCCAUGAAGUUUAUGAGCCAGACUGGUACGGGCGUGAAGAUGUGAAAAUGAUUGGAGAGAAAUGCGAUGAACUUUGGGAAGACUUCCAUCAAAAACUGGUGGAUGGGUCGCUGUUAACCUUGGAUACAUAUCUAGGACAAUUUCCUGAUAUCAAAACUCGCAUUGCGAAACGAAGCAGAAAGCUAGUGGACUAUGACAGUGCAAGGCAUCAUCUAGAAGCCCUACAGAGUUCAAAAAGAAAAGACGAAGGCAGAAUUACCAAGGCAGAAGAAGAAUUUCAAAAAGCACAGAAAGUGUUUGAAGACUUUAACACUGACUUACAAGAAGAGUUACCAUCUCUGUGGUCACGACGAAUUGGCUUCUAUGUGAACACCUUCAAAAAUGUAUCCAGCCUUGAAGCCAAGUUUCACAAGGAAAUAGCUUUACUAUGUCACAAACUAUAUGAAGUGAUGACAAAGCUGGGGGAUCAGCAUGCAGACAAGGCCUUCACCAUUCAAGGGGCACCAAGUGAUUCAGGUCCACUCCGCUUUGCAAAAACACCAUCACCACCAGAGGAGGUCUCUCCCCUGCCUAGCCCUACUGCUAGUCCCAAUCAUAUGCUGGCACCAGCAUCUCCGGCACCAGCCCGACCUAAGUCACCCACACAGCUGAGGAAAGGUCCGCCAGUCCCACCACUGCCUAAGCUCACACCCACAAAGGAGUUGCAACAGGAGAACAUCAUUAAUUUAUUUGAUGACAAUUUUGUCCCAGAAAUCAAUGUGACAACCCCAUCACAGAACGAAGUACCUGAAGCUAAGAAAGAGGAAUCUUUGCUAGAUUUGGACUUUGACCCUUUCAAGCCAGAAGUUGUACCAACAGGAGUUAGUCAUUCACCCAUGUCUCAGACAUUGCCAUGGGAUCUAUGGACGACAAGCAGUGAAUUGGUGCAGCCGGCAUCCACCACAGCAUUUAAUGGAUUUGCACAGGAUAUGUCUGUAUUUACAGUGCAAUCAAGUGAGAAUGUGACAGAGCCUUUGGCCGAGGCUGAAGAAGCACCACCUGGGGAACUUAAGGUCGAGGAAACCCCUGCUCCUGCUGCUGUUAUGGAAAAGGAGGCUGUCCCUGGUGAGCUUGCCGAACCAGCAGAGCAGGCUGUGGAGAGUGUCGAGGUGGGGAAUAAGGAGACUACAGGAGUUGCUGAGAAAGAAAAUGAGGUGGUACCUGUUGGUGAGGGGGCUGCGGCAUCAGAAAACAGUGUGGCCAUGGCAGCAGGAGCUGGUGAUGGCACUGCUCCCACUGAGCGGGAGGAUGUUGCUGAAGGUGACAAACCUCAGGGUGAAGAAAAGGAGUCUAAUGUGUCUCAGGAAAAGGUCAGCAACAUCCCUUCAGUAGUAAUAGAGCCGGCAUCAAACAACGAAGGGGAGGGAGAAGAACAUGAAGUCAUCAUGAAUGAGUCCAAAGAUGCCACAGCAGAGAUGGGCACUCAGGACACUGACACUUCUCCCGGUGAAAUUUCCCAAGUUGGAAGUGAUCAGAAACCUACUGAAGAAAUCCAGUCUCUACCGCCUAAAGAUCAGCCUGUUCCAGAAGAAGAUGCAGGUUCUGUGAUGCCACCUGGCUUUCUCUAUAAGGUUGAAGUUCUACAUGAUUUCGAGGCAGCUAACAGUGAUGAGCUCAAUUUAAAACGAGGAGAUAUUGUACUAGUAAUUCCUUCUGAGACCACAGCUGAUCAGGAGGCUGGCUGGUUGACUGGCAUUAAGGAAUCUGAGUGGCUUCAGUACAGAGAUGCAAAUAGUUAUAAAGGACUUUUCCCAGAGAACUUCACACGCCAUCUGGAAUAAUUCUCCCAGGCAGAUGAACCGUGAUAUGAAGCUCAGUCAGUAGGUUUUUAACCUCUUUGAAACACAGGAGCCCAUCUUUUUGUAGUUUAAGCUGUUAAUGGUUUACAGACUGGUGUCAGACAAAGCUUGUUGGAACAUAUUGAAAUGAGCAUGAAUGCAAACAGUUAAGCUAGCAAUUUCUGAAGCAGUACAUGGGAAAAAAAUCAAAUAAAAAAGAAAUGUCCUUAUUUGUUUAUAAGUAUGUGGCGACAGAUUUGUUUGUGCUUUGUCAGAGCUAUGGUGAUCCUGUAUUUGGUCCUUUUCCAUGAAAUCUGAAAUUAGCUUCCUGAAUACCAAAACCUUAACUUCUCUGCACUAAGUGUAUUGUAUUGAGUUGCACUGCAGAAGAUUUAAUUAAUUAUCCUGUAGUUAUGAGGUCAAACUAUUAUAAAUUUCAUGUGUUUAAAAAAAAUAAUUAACUACUGCAACAUUUUUCAGUGUUAUUUUUGGACAUGCAUAGUAUAUAUACACAAGAACUUAUAUGUGUAUAUAUAAGUGCAUAUGGCUAUAUAUGCAUUUGCACAACUUCAUGGUAGUUCUUUGGCUGUGUAGUAUCAUCCGGUACAUGCAUUGCUCUUUCACUGUCUGGCAUAACAGGAAAAGGUUUUGUUUCAAAGCAAAACUAGCUGCUCCAUUGCCAAAACAUAUUACAGUAUCUGUGUUUGUAAUGUGAAAUUUUCAUUCUUAGAUAAUGAAUAACAUCAUGUUCAAAGCUGCUAACCUUUGAGAAGGCAUGGCUCAGUCUCCUCUUUCACUGCAGUAGUUACAAUGAGAUAAAUCUGGAGGAGGAGCUCUUACGAUGCUAAUCUAUACUUUUUUAUUUAAUUGGCUGAAUACAUUUUAAAAAAAGAAACAGAACUAAUCUCUGAGAAGAAAUGAACACAAUAUAUUUUCACUAUAUGUAUUUAUGCAGCUUACCUUUUAAAGUAAGAUAUAUAAUGUAUCCUGUAUCAAAAAGUCAUCUGUAACUUAUGUUUUCCAGUGCUGUGUCAUUAAAAAUAAACCUUUGGUCCAAAGAA